GUUCCCAGCCAUUACGUCCCCAACCAUCAGGUCCCCAGCCAUCAGGUCCCCAGCCAUCAGGUCUCCAGCAAUUGGGUCCCUAUCCAUCAUGUUCCCAGCCAUCAUGUCCCCAGCCAUCGUGUCCCCAGCCAUCAUGUCCCCAGCCAUCGUGUCCCCAGCCAUCGUGUCCCCAGCCAUCGUGUCCCCAGCCAUCGUGUCCCCAGCCAUCGUGUCCAAAGCCAUCAUGUCCCCAGCCAUCGUGUCCCCAGCCAUCAUGUCCCCAGCCAAGAGAUCCUCAGCGAUCAGGUCCCCAGCAAUUGGGUCCCUAUUCAUUAUGUCCCCAGCCAUCAGGUCCCCAGCAAUUGGCUCCCCAGCCAUGA